UCCAGCUCUGAGCUGAGCCCAGAAUCACAAGGAGCAGCUGCAGCUUCAGUGCUGGGUCCCCAGUUACUCAUGUGCCCAUUCAGCUGACACAUUGCCCACCCCAGGGACAUGCAGGAUGGUGUAAGCCAGGGGCACCUGCCUAACUUCCUAGGAAGAUGAGCACAGAUAUCAACAAGCCUGCACUUUCUCCAAAGCCACAAGUUCUGGACAACUUCAGCCCAGUGACCCAUCCAAAGAGGUUCUUGUCUCCUCUGAUCUCAAGAGCCAGCCAUAUUCAUCAUUCAAACUCUAUGUCCAGAGGCCCUAAGCCACCCAUUGCCCCCAAGCCUGUGCUGUCACCAGUUGCCAAGAGAAAGUCAAUAGAAGACUCUAAUAAUUCCCUCAAUAAAAGCACAAAUGGGGAGGUGGUUUAUCCCAUGGAAAACAUAUAUGACGCUGAUACUUACAGCCCAGAAGUAUAUGAAAAGGAGAUACUGGACAUGACAUACACGGACAAAUUGUCAGUUCCAGACUCCAAUCUAACAGAUGAAGAGAGAGCUGACUUGGAAUGUGAAGCGUCUAUUGAAACAUGGGCCUCACCACUAGAAGAGGAUCAAACCAGUCAUGGAAAGAGUUCUCCUGGGCUGGAGGAGGAAGACAGUGGACAUAUAGAGAGUACUCCAUCAAGAGAUUUGGAAUCUGCAGAAUCCACAGAGGUGGAAGACAGUGAUAACACAGAUGCUCUGAGCUUAAGAUCCUCAUCAACUGCAGAGGCGGAUACAUUGAUGCCUCCUCCAGAAUGUGACACACUGCACUUUAAAAAUGACUUGGGGUAUAUGGAAGAGGACCUAUUUUUGGAUAGUAAUGAAUGUAAUAUUAAAAAUAAAAAAGAGAAAAUUGAUCUUAAGAUUGUGGGACAUGGAGAUGUUAUUUUGACAAAUGUGUGCUUUGGAAAUAGACCCCAUUCUGGUGAUACAAAUGUUGAAGAUGAAAGCUGUGAAAGUUGCUUAGAGACAUUUAAUGACUCUUCUAUGCAAAGCUGCAACGAGUUUAACUUUAAACAAAGAGAGACAGAAUCAGUAGAUGAUCCUGUUUUAUCUGAUGGUUCUAUGUAUGGUAAAUUAUCUGAGACUGAGGCUGUAACGUCAGAAUACUUGGAAUCUACAACAGAAAUUUCUGGGGAGUCUACUAAUAAUUAUGACAUUCUACAAAAAGAAAUUUUGUGUGUCAGAAAUAACAGUUUAGAUGACGCUAUAAGAGAAGAAAUCAGUCUUAUCAAAGGAUUGGAAGAAUAUAUAGGCAAUGAAAAAAAUAAUGUAAUAGGGGAGGAACCAAGGGAUAUCAACCCUGUUAUAAAACAAGAAGCCAAAGAAGUUAGAGAUUAUGAAAACAUGGAUGAGAGUUGUCAAAUUAUUCCUUUUGAAAGUGAAGGUAAUGAUGACAUAACUGAGGCUUUAGUAGAGUUAAUGGGAAGAGAAAAUUGUUUACAUAAAAAUCUUUCAGAUAUUUUUUCAGUACCAGAGUGUGAGCAAAGAGACAAUGAUAAAUAUUUCACUGAAGAGAGGCGGGGAAGUGAUGUCACACAUAAAUCACUAGAGGUCACAGCUGUAUAUGAAACAUUCAUACAUGAAGAAGAUGUAUCUGGAUCUAGUGAGCAUGAUGUGAUUGAUGUGGAGGCAGCAGGGAUGUCAUCAACACAUCAGGAAACCAAGGUCAAAGAGCCAGCAGUGGACAAUGUGCAAAAUAUUCCAAUUGUUGAAGACUGUUUUGUGCCAAAAGAAGAGGAAGAUAACAACCCCUAUGUGCUAGAGGACAGUGUGCAAUCAAGAAGUGAAAAAAUGCCCCAUGCAAAAGAUUUAAGCCACAUUGAGACAGAGGAGGAAGAACUACAUUCUUGUUGCUUGAAGGAGCAAUGUGGAAUUGAUGGAGAAAACCAUUCACUUUGUUAUGAUAGAAAAAAUAUUGUCACAAGGACUAGAUCCUAUUCUGGAAAAAUACAUGGAAAUGUUCCUGAAACUGUUCCUGAGGAAACUGGAGCUGAGGCUGAAUCACUUCUGUUGACUAAUGACUCUAAGAAGGACAUCAUGAGUGAACAUCUAGAGGCCAAACCAUUAGACUUGGGGAGGGUACUACCAAGAAAGCCAAGUCGGUUUAUUUUAUACCCUCGUUCAUACUCAGUGGAAGGCAGAAAUAACACAGCAUCUCUUUAUAUAGAAUCAGAUGUGUCAUCCCCUUAUAUUAUUGCCUCUUCUGGAAGCUUUUCACAGAGAGAUCAUCAUUCCUCCAGUGGAAUGUCCACACCUACUUCUGUGGUAGACAUCCCUCCACCUUUUGAGCUGGCUAGCAUCACAAAAAAGCCAAUUACAAAAAGUUCUCCCUCACUUCUGAUUGAAAAUGAGUCCUCAGAGAAAAACACUAAGAAAAAAAAGUCAUCAUUCAAGAAGUUCCUAACACUGAAGUUUAAGAAGAAGACAGAGAACAAAGUCCAUGUUGAUGUCAAUGUUUCCUCUUCCAGAUCAUCUUCAGAGUCAAGCUACCACAGGACAUCCAGGCUUUUGGAUUUUGAUCAAGGGAGUCUGGGGAGCUCUCCCCAGCUUCAUAACCGGUCUAGUUUACAAUGCUUUCCUGAUUCUCCAGCUGCUAUGCUUUUCUACAAAGACAUGAAGCGAAAGGGGACAUCCAGAGCCUUCAGCAGAAGUGUGGCUAGAGUUGAGUCUUUUGAAGAUCGUUCAAGACCUCCAUUUAUUUCUUUGCCUUUAACCAAACCACGGUCCAUCUCUUUUCCCAAUGCUGACACUUCGGAUUAUGAGAAUAUACCAGCUAUGAGUUCUGAUUAUGAAAACAUACAGAUUCCUCCAACCAGACCUAGCAGGGCUGGGACUUUCACUGAAUUUUUUGAAGACCCAAGUAAGGCUUUGUCCUCUGCAAAUGAAAAUGAUGGAUAUGUGGAUAUGAGCAGCUUCAAUAGCUUUGAGAUCAAGCAGCAGACACCUGAACAGGAGACAGAAAGUGCGUAUACAGAGCCAUACAAGGUUUGCCCCAUCCCUCUAAGCACCACAGAGGACAUCACAUCUGAUGAAGAGCAGAAGACCUCAGAGGAUGAAGGACAUCUUUCAGCAGAGCCUGGGGUGGUGCAGAAGAAGGAAGGGCCAGUGCGAGCGCUGAGCAUCGUGAAGGAUCUGGUUAACUCAGAGAGAGAAUACGUAGAAACCCUGAGGCAGCUGCACACGGAGUUUCAUGCAGCUGUUCUGAGAGUGCUGGGUAAUGAAGAGGAAGAUGAGGAGGAAGAUCUCAAACUCAGGCAUGGACUCAGUGAGCUACAGGAUAUCUAUUUACUCCAUGAGGAGAUCUUGGAAGAGCUGCAACAAAGGAUCCUACAUUGGGAAGAGAGGCAGAAGAUAGCAGACUUGUUCCUGCGCCGGGAGUCCAGCUUCCACCACCACACUGCAUUCAUUGUUGUGUUUGACAAGACUAUAGCUGCCCUGGACAGUUGCAGUCGCAAAAGCCCUCAACUGGCAGCGGCAGUCAAAGAAUAUGAGAAGAAUCCACAGAGAGGCCAAGUGAGUGUGAAGCAUGAACUGCUGAUGGUGGUGCAGAGAGUCUUCCAGUAUCACAUGAUCCUAACAGAUUAUCUGAACAACCUAUGCCCAGACUGGCCAGAGUAUGAGGACACACAGGCUGCUUUGUUGAUGGUGUUGGAGGUUGCAGAUCGAGCUAACGACAGCUUGCGCCACGGGGAGAAUCUGCAGAAGUUGGUUCAGAUCGAAUACAGUGUCCAAGGGCAAAGAAGCCUUGUGCAGCCUGGCCGGGAGUUUGUGAAAGAGGGAACAUUAAUGAAAGUAUCUGGGAAAACCCGGCACCCGCGGCAUCUUUCUUGUUUUUUGAUGAAUGAUAUCCUUCUCUACACAUAUCCUCAGAAGGACGGCAAAUACCGGCUUAAAAGCGCUCUGUCAAUACCAGGCAUGCGGGUUAGUCGUCCGAUUGUGGAGGACGCCCAGAACGUGAUGAAGAUUGAGUGCAUGGAGCGGUGCCUAAUGCUGUCUGCAAGCUCGUGCUCUGAGAGGGAUGAAUGGUACAGCUGUAUCAGCAGAACAGUCCAGGAAUAUUACAAAGCUCCCACUGCAUCUGUUUAUCACAACAAUGUGGAGAUAAGAGAGAGGUUGGACAUGUACCUCGGGGAGAGGCCCCCAAGUGUGGCAUUUCUGCCUCAUGUUACCAUGUGUAUGAAUUGUGGCAGCGAUUUCAGCCUUACACUGAGACGCCAUCAUUGUCAUGCGUGUGGCAAGAUUGUCUGUCGCAGUUGCUCCAGAAACAAAUAUCCUCUUAAAUACCUCAAAGACAGGCCUUCCAAAGUCUGUAACAUCUGCUAUUCAGAACUAAAGAAAAGAGAGGUGACGGCUUUAAGCAUGAAUCCCUCUCCGCCUAUGCCCAGGUCUGCAGCCAGUGCCUUCUCAUCCAUGUUACACCACAUUCACCCUUCUUCUUUCAGGAAACAUAAGAAAAUCCCCUCUGCACUGAUCGAGGCAGCAACAUCGGGAGAAAAUUCCUCGAUCAGUGGUUAUUUGCAUCGGUGCAAGAAAGGCAAAAAAUACUGGAAGAAGCGUUGGUUUGUUAUUAAAGGCAAAGUGCUGUACACAUAUGCCACCUGUGAGGACAAAGUUGCCACAGAAAGUUUACCUCUAUUAGGUUUCAAUAUCGUGCCCGACACGUGGGACCAGAGCCCCAAGCUCGGCACAGUAUUCCAGCUUUACCACAAGCAAACCCUGUUUUAUAGCUUCAAGGCAAGAGACACCAAUUCAGCAAUCAGGUGGGUUGAUGCAAUGAAACUUGCUUCAGUAUUAUAGCACUGAUACGUCACAGACUCUGCAAGCUGUAGAAAAACCAGAACAAGCAAACUGUCACCUUGAUGUCCUCAACUCAAACAAAAGCGUUAAAAUAUAAAGCAGGAACCUGACGGCUGCAGCCACAGAGAAAUGUGCAUUGUGGGAAGUAAAAGCCAUUAAAGGAUGACAGUGCUGGAAUUUUUAUACGGAAACUGGAUUUGUAGACUUACAAUGUCUAAUUUUUAUUUGCUGACUUCAUUGUGUAAACUCCCAAUUUUCUAUCUUGUAUUUAAAGGAGCAAAUUCUAAUUAUAAACAGUUUUACUAAAUUAAAACCAGUAACUAGGGCCCUACACACCUGCCUUAGGUUAUGCUGCAGUACAAAUGGGCGCACCUUACUUGUUAUGCUGCAGUACAAACGGGCGUACUUUACUUGUUAUGCUGCAGUACAAACGGGCGUACUUUACUUGUUAUGCUGCAGUACAAACGGGCGUACUUUACUUGUUAUGCUGCAGUACAAAUGGGCAUAACCUAACUUGACGCUAUAUCUGUUCCAUAUCUGUAAUAUACACAUUAUGACUUCUGGCGGCAGACACUAUAUCUGUUCCAUAUGUCACAUACACAAUAUGGCUUCUGAAUAUGCCAUCACCUUAGAUGGUUGUUGGUCAGUAUACACUAUAUCUGUCACAUACACAGUGUGGCUGGUGCAACGCUGCCCCCUGCAGACUUACGGUCAAUGGGCCGCCAGCAGGGGUGUCAAUCAACCCGAUCGUACUCGAUCGGGUUGAAUUCUGGCGAUUCCUGUCCGCCUCAUCAGAGCAGCGGUCCGUACGGAGCUUGAUAAAUGGGCCUCUAUAUUUGUCACAUACACAGUAUGACUUCUGAAUCAGCCAUCACCUUAGAUGGUUGUUGGUCAGUACACACUAUGGGGCAUAUUUAUGAAGCUCCGUAUGGAGCUUGAUGCCCUGUGUUUCUGGCGAGCCUUCAGGCUCGCCGGAAACACAAGUUUUGAAGCAGCGGUCUAAAGACUGCUGCUCCAUAACCCGUCCGCCUGCUCUGAAUGGGCAGACAGACAUUGCCAGAAAUCAACCCGAUCGAAUACGAUCGGAGUGAUUGACACCCCUUGCUAGCGGCCGAUUGGCUGCAAAUCUGCAGGGGGCGGCAUUGCACCAGCAGUUCACAAGAACUGCUGGUGCAAUGAUAAAUGCCGAGAGCGUAUGCUGUUGGCAUUUAUCGCUGUGCAGAAGACAUGAUACGCAAUAUCGGAUCAUGUCCGCUUGCACAAUGAUAAUUCGACCCCUAUAUCUGUUACAUAUUUGUCACAUACACAGGAUGACUUCUGAAUUGGCAAUCACCUUAGAUGGUUGUUGGUCAGUACACACUAUAUCUGUUACAUAUCUGUCACAUACACAGGAUGACUUCUGAAUUGGCAAUCACCUUAGAUGGUUGUUGGUCAGUACACACUAUAUCUGUUACAUAUCUGUCACAUACACAGGAUGACUUCUGAAUUGGCAAUCACCUUAGAUGGUUGUUGGUCAGUACACACUAUAUCUGUUACAUAUCUGUCGCAGACACAGUAUGGCUUCUGAAUUGGCAAUCACCUUAGAUGGUUGUUGGUCAGUACACACUAUAUCUGUUACAUAUCUGUCGCAUACACAGGAUGACUUCUGAAUUGGCAAUCACCUUAGAUGGUUGUUGGUCAGUACACACUAUAUCUGUUACAUAUCUGUCGCAUACACAGUAUGGCUUCUGAAUUGGCAAUCACUUUAGAUGGUUGUUGGUCAGUACACACUAUAUCUGUUACAUAUCUGUCGCAUACACAGUAUGGCUUCUGAAUUGGCAAUCACUUUAGAUGGUUGUUGGUCAGUACACACUAUAUCUGUUACAUAUCUGUCACAUACACAGGAUGACUUCUGAAUUGGCAAUCACCUUAGAUGGUUGUUGGUCAGUACACACUAUAUCUGUUACAUAUCUGUCACAGACACAGUAUGGCUUCUGAAUUGGCAAUCACCUUAGAUGGUUGUUGGUCAGUACACACUAUAUCUGUUACAUAUCUGUCACAUACACAGUAUGACUUCUGAAUUGGCAAUCACCUUAGAUGGUUGUUGGUCAGUACACACUAUAUCUGUUACAUAUCUGUCACACACACAGUAUGACUUAUGAAUAUGCCAUCAUCUUAAAUGGUUGUUGGUCAGUACACACUAUAUCUGUUACAUAUCUGUCACAUACACAGUAUGACUUCUGAAUUGGCAAUCACUUUAGAUGGUUGUUGGUCAGUACACACUAUAUCUGUUACAUAUCUGUAACACACACAGUAUGACUUAUGAAUAUGCCAUCAUCUUAGAUGGUUGUUGGUCAGUACACACAAUGGGGCCUAAUUAUCAUAGCGCAAGCGGACAUGAUCCAAUAUUGUGGAUCAUAUCUGCUGCACAUCGAUAAAUGCCGACAGCAUAUCUGAUUGGCCGCCCAUAUCUGAUUGGCUGCUAGCAGGGGGUGUCAAUCAGCCUGAUUGUAUAGGAUUGGGCAGAUUGAUGUCUGCCGCCUCAGAGCAGGCAAACUGGUUAUGGAGCAAUGGUCUUUAGACCGCUGCUUCAUAACUGCUGUUUCCGGCAAGCUUAAAGGCUCGCGCAGAAACAAGGGCAUCAAGCUCCAUUUGGAGCUUGAUAAUUUGGCCCCUAUAUCUGUUACAUAUCUGUCACAUACACAGUAUGACUUCUGAAGCAAUACGCUCUCUGUAUUCAGCAUUGCACCAGCAGCUCACAAGAGCUGCUAGUGCAACGCCGCCCCCUGCAGACUCGCGGCCAAUGGGCCGCCAGCAGGGAGGUGUUAAUACGAUCGGGUUGAAUUGUGGCGAUUCCUGUCCGCCUGCUCAGAGCAGGCAGACAGGGUUAUGGAGCAAGCUCCAUACGGAGCUUGAUAAAUGGGCCUCUCUAUCUGUUCCAUAUCUGACACAUACACAGCAUGACUUCUGAAUCAGCCAUCACCUUAGAUGGUUAUUGGUCAGUAGACGUGAUAUCUGUUCCAUAUCUGACACAUACACAGUAUGACUUCUGAAUCAGCCAUCACCUUAGAUGGUUAUUGGUCAGUAGACGUGAUAUCUGUUCCAUAUCUGACACAUACACAGCAUGACUUCUGAAUCAGCCAUCACCUUAGAUGGUUAUUGGUCAGUAGACGUGAUAUCUGUUCCAUAUCUGACACAUACACAGUAUGACUUCUGAAUCAGCCAUCACCUUAGAUGGUUAUUGGUCAGUAGACGUGAUAUCUGUUCCAUAUCUGACACAUACACAGCAUGACUUCUGAAUCAGCCAUCACCUUAGAUGGUUAUUGGUCAGUAGACGUGAUAUCUGUUCCAUAUCUGACACAUACACAGUAUGACUUCUGAAUCAGCCAUCACCUUAGAUGGUUAUUGGUCAGUAGACGUGAUAUCUGUUCCAUAUCUGACACAUACACAGCAUGACUUCUGAAUCAGCCAUCACCUUAGAUGGUUAUUGGUCAGUAGACGUGAUAUCUGUUCCAUAUCUGACACAUACACAGUAUGACUUCUGAAUCAGCCAUCACCUUAGAUGGUUAUUGGUCAGUAGACGUGAUAUCUGUUCCAUAUCUGACACAUACACAGCAUGACUUCUGAAUCAGCCAUCACCUUAGAUGGUUAUUGGUCAGUAGACGUGAUAUCUGUUCCAUAUCUGACACAUACACAGCAUGACUUCUGAAUCAGCCAUCACCUUAGAUGGUUAUUGGUCAGUAGACGUGAUAUCUGUUCCAUAUCUGACACAUACACAGCAUGACUUCUGAAUCAGCCAUCACCUUAGAUGGUUAUUGGUCAGUAGACGUGAUAUCUGUUCCAUAUCUGACACAUACACAGUAUGACUUCUGAAUCAGCCAUCACCUUAGAUGGUUAUUGGUCAGUAGACGUGAUAUCUGUUCCAUAUCUGACACAUACACAGUAUGACUUCUGAAUCAGCCAUCACCUUAGAUGGUUAUUGGUCAGUAGACGUGAUAUCUGUUCCAUAUCUGACACAUACACAGUAUGGCUUCUGAAUCAGCCAUCACCUUAGAUAGUUAUUGGUCAGUUGACGCGAUAUCUGUUCCAUAUCUGACACAUACACAGUAUGGCUUCUAAAUUGGCCAUCACCUUAGAUGGUUGUUGGUCAGUACACACUAUAUAUGUUCCAUAUCGGUCACAUACAGAGUAUGGCUUCUAAAUUGGCCAUCACCUUAGAUGGUUGUUGGUCAGUACACACUAUAUAUGUUCCAUAUCGGUCACAUACAGAGUAUGGCUUCUAAAUUGGCCAUCACCUUAGAUGGUUGUUGGUCAGUAGACACUAUGGGGCCGAAUUAUCAAGGACUGAAUGGCCCUGAAUACCCCUGUUUCUGCGCAGGCCUUCAGGCUUGCCGAAAACAGGAGUUAAGCAUUGGUCUUAAGACCACUGCCCCUUAACUUGUCCGCCGCGUCUGAGGCUGCAGACAUUAAUCCGCCCGAUUGCAUAUGAUCGGGUUGAUUGACACCCCCUGCUAGCGGCCGAUUGGCUGCAAAUCUGCAGGGGGCGGCCUUGCACAGGCAGUUCACUAGAAAUGCUUGUGCAAUGUUAAAUGCUGAUAUCGUAUGCUGUCAUAAUUCAGCGAUGUCUGGCGGACAUGUUAUGCAACAGCGUAUCAUGUCCGCCAGACAUUGAUAAAUUGACCCCUAUAUCUGUUACAUAUUUGUCACAUACACAGUUUAAUUUCUGCGUAGACCACCACCUUGACAUUACUUGCUUUUCUAAUCAUUUUACUGACAUGAAGAAAUUGUUUGUACAUGGAGAUUAUGAUAAUUUUCUGUAAGCUCAGUGCCCUGUGCCCUCAUGUAGCCCUACAGUAAUGAAGUUGCAACAACUACACUGGAUGCACAUAAAUACUGACUGUAUUUUGUAUAGGAACAUAAUACUUUUUAACCAUUUAAUAUACAGCUGGACUCAUCUGUAAUCAUCUGGUGUACAAAUAACAGGAAUUGCUAUUUUAGGUUUUGUUAGUUUUACUGCAUUGAAUGAACGUUUACAAAAAAAUGUGUUGGAGAUACAAAUCUCUGCUGAGCAGUUAGACCCUGUGAUCUCAAGUCCUGAUGACAAGGAUCUCUCUGGUCCGGUGCAAUAAAGAAAACCAUCAGGAAUCUGAAACAGAUGUUAAUAGCACCGUGACAAUGCAUGUCCUGCAGAUACACCCUGGUGGUCACUGUUACAAUAUUGUUCUGUAAAUAAAGUGUUUGAAAUCUGUUUUAAUGCUCUACAUUUUUAAGAGCAAAAUAAUAAAAUCAAAGUUUAUAUAAGUUAAUUACAUAGGUAAAUGGGUUUUGCACUAUGGGCAUGUUUUAUAUGAUACAUAGCUAAAAUCAUUGCAUUUGUUAAAAACAUGAAUAUCCCAUUGAAAAUGACAGAUAAAAUAAACCUUUACACAAAAAACAA